UCUGUGAUUGGACAGUGUGAAAAGCACGUGACUGGGGAGUCACGCGCUUUCCGGGAACCCGUCAGUCAGAAGAUAAACAAAACAAACCAGAGAUGAAGACGGCGUGGAUUGAGGAGAAAUUGAUAUUAAGUUUUCCUAAAGACGAAUGAAAUCGAAGCUACAAUCUCUUUUUUACUCUACGUGGCUUACUUAAAGGCAUUAGUCAACAGUGGAGGACAGUCCAGGCAUACCAAAACGUGCUCCUAAAGCCUCCAUAUUGAGAACAAAAACUUUUUUUUCAUGCAAUUAUCUGCCAGAGAUUAAGGGGAAGAACAAAGUGACUGAGACAGGAGAGGUGGCAGAAAAGUUUCCGUCAAGGAAAAGAUCUGUGCUUUGCAAUGCCUCAGCCUAGCAUUAGAGGAAUGGAACCUCCCUUUGCGGAUGCCUUUCAAAACUGCUCGUUUGCUGACCAGGCACUGACCAGCACAGACCUGUUGGCCAACAGCUCUGACCCAGACUUCAUGUAUGAACUGGACAGGGAUAUGACUUGUCGCCAGAGCCCUAGAGGAGAUGUUUUCACAGUAGGCGACUGCAAAGACUUGGACAGCAUGGAUCAACUACCUGAGCUGGCAGACAACGACCCUGCCCAGAGCUCAAACUUUGAACAGUGGGACACGUACUGGGAGGACUUGACCAAGUAUUCCCGUCUCACCAGUUGUGAUAUCUGGGGCACCAAGGAAGUUGAUUUCCUGGGCCUUGAUGACUUCUCCAGUCCUUAUCAAGAUGAAGAAGUGAUUGGUCAGACACCCACACUGGCCCAGCUCAACAGCGAGGACUCGCAGCCUGUUUGCGACACCCUUUACCAUCCGGAUUUGUUGGGGGGUCAAAAGCAGAAUUUGUUUCCUCCUGCUAUAGGCAAGAAAAGCAACAGGCUUGGCAUUUCCACAACCAACCCUCUUCCAGACUUUGCAGAGGGAGUCCAGAAAGCCACCUGGCCUGUUGCCUCCAGCACUGAGACAAUGGCCAAGGCCCAGUUGCAGGGGGCAAAAGCCCAACCCGCUCUGGACAAUAUGGAUUACGUUCGCAAAGCCAAGGUUCGCAUCAGCGUACCACGCAGGGCUUUGGUAGAGCGCUCUACACAGCAACAAGUUGCUGUUUCUGCCAGAUCCCCUUUAGUCCAGCAGCACGAGUCAACCGUUUCACUAGUCAAUGAGGACCUGGUCGUCACCCCUAACACGGCAUCCUCCGUCAGCUCCCUGGCUUGUGAAAAGAGAGUGGAGACUCCUAAACGGGAGGUUCCCAUUAGCCCCGUCCCAGAGGGAGGGACGCUGAGGGCAGUGCCAGUUAAACUCCCAUUUCCUGCACCUGGAGGCAGUGAAACCCUGCUGACCGUGAGUGCCCUUGGAGCUGAGGCCACUGCCGAUGAGAAAACAAAAGAGGAAGAGCACAACUACUCGUUGUUUUUAACCAGGGCCAGGCUGGCAGGGAAAACCACUGCUGAAAUGGAAGAGGAGGAAGAGGAUGAGGAAGAAGGCGAAGAGGACGAGGAAGAGGAGGAGGCAGAAGGAGAGGACCUAGAUGACGAAGACCACGACGAAGGGUUCGGCAGCGAACACGAGCUCUCAGAGAAUGAUGAGGAGGAAGAAGACGAGGACGAUGACUACGAGGGUGACAAAGACGAUUAUGUUAGUGACACGUUUUCAGAGCAAGGAUGUGACACUGAUAUGGUUGAAGAUGUCAAGGGCCUCACAGCUGGGAUUUCCAGGAAGAGAGGGAAGCGUCGAUACUUUUGGGAGUACAGCGAGCAGCUCAUCCCGUCCAAACAAGAGCGCAUGCUGAAACCCUCUGAAUGGGACAGAGACACGCUGCCCAGCAACUUGUACCAAAAGAAUGGCCUACACCAUGGAAAAUACACAUUGAAGAAGUCCAGACGGACAGAUGUGGAAGAUCUUACUCCAAACCCCCGAAAGCUCCUGCAGAUUGGCAAUGAACUACGAAAGCUAAAUAAAGUCAUUAGUGACCUGACACCUGUUAGUGAGCUUCCCCUGACCGCUCGUCCUCGCUCCCGAAAAGAGAAGAACAAGCUUGCAUCCAGGGCCUGCAGACUGAAGAAGAAAGCUCAAUAUGAGGCCAACAAGGUCAAGUUAUGGGGCCUUGGCACUGAAUACGAUCGAUUGCUCUUCGUCAUCAAUGCCAUAAAGGAAGAAAUAGUCAGCAGAGUUCAGGAUGUCUCGCAUGACAAAGGAACAAGCAUGGCGGAGAAACUGGACAAACUCAUUGAGGAGACCCUAGUGGAGCCACCAGUGGCCAGCCAGACGUCAGACUUUGUGAACCAGAUUCUGGAGACCACUGGCAAAGGUGAUCCGACCGGAGGGCUGGUGGGGUUGCGUGUGCCCACGUCGAAGGUGUAGUGCUCCGUCCUCGGCGGAUACCUUGGAGCACACACAAAGCCAUCCGCGCCAUUCUUGUCCUUCACUGUAAACGCCCGACACUCUGCAUGCCCAUUUCACUUGGAGACGCACCCUCUCGAUUUUAGUGAAUACAUGCAUACGAUACCCAACUCUCUGUGCAUACGUAUGUAUAUGUUCACCUCCUGCACACCAAUGGAAAUGAACCAAGUAGUUAACCUUUGCACUUAGUAGUCUGUUUCCUUCCAUGUGUGCAUGUGGCUGGUAUUGAUCACCGUCAACAGGCCGCCAUGUUUAAAAUGAUGUAAAAGCCAAGCCAAUAUAUGACAUACCUCCUUCAAACAAGAGAGAAAAAGCAAAACGAUGAGCACCAGUUCUUGCUGUAGCCAUUUUCCUCUUGCGUCCAGCUAAAUCUUUCAAAUGCCCAAUAAGGUUUUAGAAGGUAUUAGUUCCCUUGAUUUAGCGGUCGAAGAGGUGUAAAUGCAGACUUUAAAAGUUUUUGAAGACGGCAUUAUGUCUUCACUCUUGCUAGGCCUCCUUUUUAAACUUGUUAAUCUCUCAGCUGUAGGCGGGAUUGCUGCUAGACUUUGUUUUCCGGAUGUUGAGGCAUUUCGAGGUUCAAUCUAGCUACACCUGCUAUACUACACACCAACUACAGCAACAGAGAGGCAUGCAGAGCCAUGCGAUAACAAUGUUUAACAGAGAGUAGCUCAAAGUUACUAAUGUUAUAUGGUGUAUAUACGUAGGACAGGGAUGCAUCCAGAGAGUCGAAAUGGGAGGAAAAAGGCCACAGUUGCUCAUUUCCACAGUUUUGAGGUUGUCUCUGGGUGGAGAGGAGAAAGAAAGCGAUUCUCUUUCUUUCUUUGACUCGAGCAGAUGGCCAGGUAAAUCCCAAUGUUGUAAAUAGGCAGAAGGAUCGGCAAAACCAACGGAAGCCCUUUCUUUUAUAUACUUUGGUCGAAGUGCCCUCAUGUCAGAUCACCCUUGAUGUUGUUUUGCAAAUUCUCAGCAAAAGGGGCUUAAAAAGUCGAUUCCCAGAUGGGUGUUUGUUUAUAUUUGUACUUUAUAAAAGUAAGAUUCAUCGUGCCUUGUAAUUGCUGAGUUGAGCAAAAUAAAACUCGAGUCGAGAGCAAACGGACCAUUUCGCAGGAAGCUGUUAGUCGAGUCUGAGAGCUCGGGUGGAGGUCUUAUCUGCGGUUUGUAAUUCAGCUCUUUAAAGAUACUCUGAAUGUACAUAGGAACAUGGAAAAUAUAGAUAUAUGCCACAGAGUCUGUGCUUUGUAUCAUAAGAUGGCUUUGAAAUGUACUUUUUCGGUACUUCGUUUAAGACGGGAUGUGGGGGGGGGGGGGGGGGGGGGGCGGUGUCGUAAUAUAAAAAAUAUUCACAUAUAAAAUACAAAAAAAGGAUAUUUGCACACUAUAUUUUGAUUGUUUUGUUUUUGUACCAAAGACACAUGCAACUUAAAAUGGCAUCUAGCCAGUCUAAGUAAGGUUUUGCACAGCUUACCUGACACCGUAUUGAAUGUAGGAAAAAAUGGUAGGGUCAGGGACAUUUAAUGAACUGUGAAAUUUGCUUGGGUCCAAUUCUCUACAGAAAGAAGCAUUCAUUUGCAUCCUCAUAGAAUUUUGUACUGUUCCUUUGUUCUCAGAUAUAUUGCUUCAGAAGCGUUUGUACCAUUUGUUAGUUCUUACAGUUUAGUUUCCCUCUACUGAAGAUUUAUUGCAUAUUUAAGAAAAAAAGCUCUAAAACUAAAGGAGAUGCUUCUAUUUUUUCCCAUCAAAACCUUUAAGACUAAGAUGGCACCUUUUGAAGUGGUAUGUUACCAUGAAACAUUUCUAUCCUCUAUCUUCAUACUGUAUUCUUGAAAAAAAGUUAAAUUCUGUAUAUUUUUGUAGAGAUUGCUUUUAUAUUUUAUUUCUAUGUUACCCGCGGAGCUCUGUCUGAACAUGCUCCCUUUCCCUGCGAAGAAAAUUCUGACACAUUUAAAAUUGCCAAUGCUAAUUUUUUCGAUGGGAGUUUAACUUAACCAGUUGAACUGUCCAGGUCAUUUUAUAUCCUCUCCAAAAAGGAAGAAUUUACAUUUAGCUUUAACAAAAUGAAACCUAUGUUUAGGAACAUUCAAUAAUUUUUCAUGACAGAUAAUAAAUGACUACAUUACUGAAACGUGAAAAGAAUAUCAGAUCAUCCUAUCUGAAUAUAAGCUCUUUUAUUUAUUUAUUAAAAUCAACACAAAUUCAGUUCAGUAUGAUAAAUAUGUGAUAUAUUUGACUAUCCUACUUUACGUGAUAAAUAUAUUAAAAACAUAUUACAGUAAUGAGAAUUUUGGAGAUUUUUGGUCAUGAAAAUAAUGUCACAAGGCAAAAAGUGUCCUGAAAUAUGCUUCGUUCUCAUUAUGCAAGACAUAACUCCUAGUUUGAACUGUGACCUGGACAGUUUUAAUGAGAUUUACCCCGCAACCUUAAUCUCUGGCUGCGGCAAUAUUGUUGGGUCAGAAAAUCUCCAGGUGUUCGUUCGCUAAAGGCCCAUUUAAAGUGACUUUAUUCCUGACUCUGAAGCUAGUGGAGUUUCUUUCUCCCAUGUCAGUUUUGAUCAAAGAAGGGAGAAUAUUUUUUCCUUUAAAAUCUAAGCUAAGACUUUUCUAAUGAUAUUUUUCUUUAUUUGCUCUGACUAGCAUAGUAAAGAUUCUAUAUACCCUAUAUACCGUCCUUUAUGUGUCGUAAUUUCAGUUAUUUCGUUUUUUUUGUACAUAGAAGUAAAUUUAGAUUUAUUAUAUAUAUAGUAUAUUAUAUAUCUAAAGAUCUAAUAAGUUCUGUAUUACAUGUAAGAAAGCAAAAGCACUUUGUCUAAACAAACAAACAUAAAAAACAAACAAAAAAAGCUUUCCCCCUUCCAUUUGCUGCUAUAAGGACCUUGUUUGAAUGCUGCGGUGUGUACUUGACUUUGACCAUCCUGACCAGGGCAGUGUGACGGAGAGGUUUUGAGUGAAGACGGGAACCCGUUUUCGUCUCAUUGAAUAGUGUGGUGAAGUCACAAUCUUCAUUUGCCUUCAGUAGACGUUUCCUAUGGAAAAAGACAAAUUCUGCUUAGGAUUUUUCUUCAGGUCGAUGUACAGUGUUGACACAUUCUCUCGGGCCAGAGAUGGGUAUUGUUGUCAUUGAGUUUUUUAGGUAAUUUUUUACUUACUGGGGAAAUCUGAGGUAUUCAAGAAGGUUGCUCAGAAAAAAACAGAAUAUAUAUCUAUAUAUCGUUGUACUGUAAGGCAGUUCCAUUUGCCAUGGGGAAUCAAUUGGACUAAGGUGUUUGUUAUCUUUUUUAAAAAUUGUCUUUAAGAUCACCCAUCCAUUCUUAAAAGACAGCAAAGCCAUUUGUUGUGACGGCAAAGACUGGCCUUUCUUGUGCCAUUAACGGCUCAAAGCUUUCCGAUGUGGCAUUAGCUCAAAAUGAUGAUGAUUGUUCUGAUGAAAAAAUAACAUUGAGCAAACAGAGAUGUCGUUGGCCUGCUGUGUUGAGAGCGUCUGUUUGUUGCUGCUCUCACAUUCAACAUGAUGAUAGUGAGCUGUGCAAUUUAGGGUUUUAACCGGGGGACUCUGUGGCAUUCAAACAGUUAAGGAAAAGGUUGCUAUUUAAAGCCAGUAUUUGAUCUUUCUUUCUUGUCUUUCUUUUUUGCUGUUCAUGUUUUAUAUAAAGAAAGAAAGAUAUAAAAAAAAAAACAUUUAUGUAUACAAGCACUUAUACACAAUUGUGUUUCUUUGCUAAAUAGCUAAAUUUCAUACUGAGCUGGCUAUAUCACAUUAGUGUAAAUCGAAACGGAAAAUAUAGGAAAUGACGAUUUUCUGCCUUCAAAAACACAAUCUCACGAAUAUUCUUCGAACUCACCAUGUAUGAAACAUCUAUUAUAAUUCGCAGUCGGAUUUCUUACGUAGCGCAACAUUUAGCAACACAUUUCUUUUUCAAAGGGAAAAUUGUAGCUAAGUGUUUCCGAGCAAUGCUUGGUUAUUAUGUACGCUUCUUUUAGGAUCAUGUGCAUUAUUAUUUAGAGUCACAUGCUAUUUCUUUCAAAAUACAUCAAAUUUGUACCGAUAAAAAAAAGAGUAAGCUAUUAAAUCUGUUCUAUGAUUGUUUUAUUAUUGUCUGCAUAUUGUUGAUGAUUCAAUAAUUUUGGACGCAAAAAAGCUGCUAAAUCAUGUUGUAAAGAAGAGAAUCAUAAAUCAUUCCCUGUUACAUUCAGCAUACGCGUAUGCCCGAUUCUCGAGCUUCAAGCAACAAGGUUUCUCGUGUUUUAACAAUGAUUUAUCAGUAGAUGGAUCUCAUGCCACUAUCUUUAUACAGCGAAAACAGUUCGAUCUCAGUCGGUAACUUCCUUUCAAAAAAUGGCUACAGUAUAUAUUCAAGAGUAAUCAAAUAAGCAUUUACACCUUUGGUUUUCAAGUUAUAUUUGCCUGUUUGUGUAGAUAUGUGUUUGAUGUAUAAGAGAAAGAUUACUCUUAUUGGUGCACUAUGCAGGUUUUACUCUGUAGUAAGACAGGAUGUUGCUUUAGUUUACAGCACUUAUUUUUUUACAAUUGUUGAGUAUUGUAAAAGUUUGUUUUAAAGAUGGUAAACAACAUGGUGACUAAGCUGAGAAAUCUUAAAACUUUUGAUACGCAUUUCAUGGAAGGCGACCUGUCUUAUUGUUGCUAAAUAAACAUGCUCUUUCCAAUGUAUUUAACCUUUUGAAAGUUGUGAUUUUGUUUGAGUUUAUUUGAAGUUUCAUUUUUUUUACUUUCCUUUAUGUGCUGUUGUUUAAUGGACCUUUACGAAUCAUUCUGUGUAUUUUGUCACUUUGUAUCUUGUGUAAUCGUUUAACCUUGAGUGUGUUUUUGAAAGUAGAUUCACCUCCACAUGCUUGCUUAGUGUUGCUUUUAGAAGCAGAUAAAAAUGGAAAAAAAUGCAUUCCUACAUAUCAUGACUCCAGUUUUGCUCAUCACUGUUCCUAUAACAAGUCUGUACGUUACGUACGUUGGUGAUACUUAAAAGCAUUGCACCAUGAAGUUUGCAUAUACACGGCAUGACUACUGUGCAUGCUAACCUUGCUAAAUUGAUAUUCAUGUAACUGAGCUUUCGCGAAGGACGUUGGGGCAAAAGUGCAGUCUCACUGUCUUUAUCAUAACCAAUGAGCACAAGUGAGAAAGGAAAUGUAUCGAAGGUUUCGCACGUACUUUGAUGUAGAUCAUUUCCAUUGCUCACCUGCUUUCUGCAUCAUUUGCAAGUACUACGAGCUGAAAAGACCCAAGUUGCACUUGGUUUUACAAAAUUUCCAAUGUUCUUUUUGAAAUGAUGCCUGCAAAAUCAGGUGCCUUAUCCAGACGUGAAAAUCCAAACUUGAUCUAUUGAGAUUUUUUAUGGAAAUGAGAUUUUUGCCCAAUAUGCCAAGAAUUUAAUAGAUUUUUCUUUUGUUCAGCUGUGUCGAGCAGUAAGCUUGCUUCAGAUGAAAACUGUUGCUGCUUUGCCCCUCCUACAGUUUUCUUGAAAGAUGAAUGUAGUCUUCCUUCAGUGGAGUUCAAUACGACGAAACAAGUCAAUAUGUAAAGACUAUGUCCCAUACGUUUUGGUUGAGAGACUAUCCAAAGAGUGCUGCAAUCAUUUUAAAUGUUUAUAUCAUCAUUACACGUAUAUAUUUAUAUAUACACAAAUAUAUAAAAAACAUGUUUGUUUUAUUCCUUGAGAUUUCUUUUGUAUUUAUGCUCAAAACAGUAGGUUCUUGCACAAGUUUGAAUUGCCUUUGUUUCGUUCAGCUUUUACUUGCCAUGCAGCGUAUUCUAACUUCAGAAAUUUUUCAUUAUUUGGAAAAGAUGGUUGUUCCAUUGUAACACGUUAUUUUGUACGUACAUUUCUUUUUGAGUUAUGUUUCAUUGAUACAUAGUGGAGGAUAAGGAAUUUUUACAGAAGCCCUCAAAGCGGAAGAAGUUUUGCAAAGACGAUGUCAAACCUUGUCAACAUUGUGUCCCCUCACCAAUGCUCAAGAUUAUUGUGCCUCCCGAUUCUUCUGGUUCUACUGUUCCUCAGAUUGCUGGUUAUGACUUUUCUUGGAGCAGAGUCACUCACCACCAAACAGAAAUGGCCUUCAGCAGUUGUUCUUCAAUGAACAAAAUCAAGGUUUUCCAAAAACAAGUACACGACACAAAAAAAGGUGCGAAUUGUUCAGCCUGGAUUGUUCUGUGAUGGAAUUCCAUUGUGGCGGGCGGGAAGUCAUAGCGGACUGACAUUCGUCGGUGGCCUGGGAAACCACUCGCAGAUGAUGUUUCGCUUCAUGUGGUUGGGAUGGGCAUGCUCUUCUUGCACUCAUUCACUCCCUCAGAGAAAAGUUGAGUCUUCUUUCGUUGGUUUCUGCUGCAUGACUCCCUUCGCGGCAACGGAGAAUAGAAGCUCUUCGUUUUAUUGGGUUCAAAAAAACUUUGGACAUUGGGUAGGAGUCCUGUCUCGCCACCCAUGGUGCUGAAUUACAAAAUAUGUACUUGAACAUCCUCAGUGACAUGAGAGCUGUGACUUGGCAUCUGUUGUCAGGUUCACAAACUCCUCCCCCUCCCUCGAUCUUAAGCUAGAAACCGUUCUGAAUGGUUGCUCUUAUGACAUCUGCUCAAGCCACUGCUCCAGACACCUGUGCCAAGACCUGGCCCCUGCUGGGCGCUCAUGAUGGACUUGGACUGAACCAGUGGUCGGGUGGGAAAAGGGGCAUGUAAAUGUAGCGGUGAUAGAAUUUUUGAUUGUUCGUUCGUUUUUCUGUGUUGAGGAAGACAUGGAGAAGCUAUAGGGUCACUUUGACUAUCGGGCCCAUAUCUCUUGCACUGAAGUGCAACGGAAACACUCGAAUCACUACUUUAAACCCAAUGUUACCAAAAACGUAGACAACAACCCUCAUGUCUGUCAACUUCUACAUGAUGAUUUCACUGCAAUUUACAUCCCCUUCCAACGUUGCCAAAUUUGCAUUAGGCGACAAAAUUGACCUUCAACAUUGGAAGCAUAAACUGGGCCACCAAAUUUUUUUUUCAUAUGUUUCAAAUUCCAUGCAACAUUCAAUUUACAACGAUUGACUGAAUUGUCACCCAUUUGAAAAAAAAACAAAAAAACACACAAUAUGUGAACUUGUGCUUCUAAUGUUGUAUGGUAUUCUAGUUGGUAUUAAUUUAGCAUGGGAUCCUUAGGUAGGCAGUAUUGUGUUUGUACUCCCCAGGUGUAAAAUCUGUUUAUUUUUCCUAGUCACAGUAGGAAGGCUGUAUUUCAUUGCUAAGUGCUCUGUCAUAGAUCUCUUGGUGAUAUUUUUAAAGCAAAAUCUCUGCAGAAGUGUAUCCUACUGAAACUAACAGUUACUUGAUCCUAUUAGCAAUGUCUAUAUUUGUAGUUCACAUAUAUGCCUGUUCAAAUACAAUAUCUUGACAGUUGUUCUAUUUAUGUUUUAGUGUUGUGCUGGGUUUUGACAUACUUUUGACAUUUACUUUCACUUUUGUUUUUCACUUUUGAUUUUUUCGGCACAACUAGUUGGAAAACAGCUUGGUUUAUUGAGCUGUGUUAGUGUACAGAUGUAAAGUAGGCUUAAAAGCAAAAAGUUGUGAUUGAUCUACAAAAUGUGUUCUGUUAGUGUGCCUCUUAUAAUUUGAUUUUGAUUUUUGUAUUAUCCUUAACUAUGUCACUGCAUUGUAUCAGCCCGGAGUUGGUACCACAAUUCUGCUUGUAACCAUGAUAGUCUAAUUCUAUUAUUGAUUUUACUAUCAGAAAUAAACUAGAAACUGCAGCA